AUGAGCACCUCCGACGACACGGUCGCCCAGAUCAUCGUCAACAGCCUGUACAAUGCCGGCGUGCGCUUGGUGUUUGGCGUGCCCGGCGCCAAAAUCGACGCCAUCUUCGACUGCUUGAUGGACCACCCCGAGAUCAAGCUCAUCGUGGCCCGACACGAGCAAAACGCCGCCUUCAUGGCCGCCGCGGUGGGUCGCAUCACGGGCAUCCCAGGCGUCUGCAUCGGCACCAGCGGACCCGGGGCGUCGAACCUCGCCACGGGCCUCGUCACGGCGACGACGGAGAACGACCCCGUGGUGGCGCUGGUGGGCUCGGUGCCGCGCCACAUGAACCUCAAGCGCACGCACCAGAGCAUGCGCGCGCUGGACAUCCUGGGACCGACGGCCAAGGUCGCCGUGGGCAUCGACGUCGAGGACCAGGCCGCCGAGGUCGUCCUCAACGCCUUCCGGACCGCCAGCGCCGCGCCCAAGGGCGCCACCGUCAUCUCCAUCCCCCAGGACGUCGCGCGGGGCAGGUCGAGCAUCCUGCCGUUCCCGAGCGACGCGUUCGUGCCGCCCAUGUACGGGCCCGCGCCGCGGCAGACGCUCGACCGGGUGGUGGGCAUGAUCGAGCGGGCCAAGCUGCCCGUGCUGUUCCUGGGCAUGAGGGCGAGCAGUCCGCGCGUGGUCAGCGCGGUGCGGCGGCUCCUGUCCAAGUUCCCCUUGCCGACGGUCGAGACGUUCCAGGCCGCGGGUGCCGUGCCGCGCGAGCUGGUGCACCUGUUCUACGGGCGCGUCGGCCUGUUCCGGAACCAGGUCGGCGACAAGCUCCUGUCCAAGUCGGACCUGGUGCUCGCCGUCGGCUACGACCCCGUCGAGUACGACGCCAACCUGUGGAACCCGCGCGGCGCCCGCCACGUCGUCCACAUCGACUUCACCGCCUCCGACUACGGCACCUACUACCACCCCGUCGCGGAGCUGCUGGGCUCUGUCGUCGAGAACAUCACCUACCUGGCCGACCACCUCUCGCAAAUCUCCGAGCCCACCAUCUCCGACCUCUGCCAGGGCUUGAUCAGGGAGUACACCAUGUGGCAGGACAGGCCCGAGGUGCAGGGCUCGUCGACGGGGCUGGUCCAUCCGCUUCACUUCAUCACCACCUUGCAGGGCAUGGUGUCCAAGGACACGACCGUGUGUGUGGAUGUUGGAUCUGUGUAUAUCUACUUUAUGCGGUUCUUCUUUGCAUAUGAGCCGCGCCGGCUUUUAUGUUCCGACGGCCAACAAACGCUGGGCGUCGCGCUCCCGUGGGCCAUCUCUGCAUCCUUGACGCAACACCCGACUCCGUGCGCGGAAAAGGUCAUCUCCGUCUCCGGCGACGGCGGCUUCAUGUUCUCGUCCCAGGAACUGUCGACGGCCGUCCAGCAGGGCUGCGACAUCACGCACGUCGUCUGGAACGACCACGCCUACAACAUGGUCGAGUUCCAGGAGGUGCUCAAGUACGGGCGCGCGAGCGGCGUGCGUCUGGGGGGUGUCGACUUUGUGCGCUUCGCCGAGAGUUUUGGCGCCAAAGGCUUCCGCAUCGAGAGCGCGGGUCAGGUCGGACCGGUCCUGCGUGAGGCGCUGGCGUAUCGCGGCGUGAGCAUCGUCGAUGUCGCGAUCGAUUACUCGGGCAAUGUCGAGUUGGCGAGGAACGUCAUUGCGGAUGAGUGGAAUUGA